CGGAAGCGGUGACGCCGCGGAGGGUGUGGGCGUAUCCAGCCGAGCCCAGGGCUGCUAGCUCGACUAGCGCGCGUCUGUUUUGAUUUCCGUCUGCCCGAACCAUGGCGGGUUGACGCGUCCCUUUCGCUUUUCACCUGGGAUUAUUUGAAAGCGCGCGGCGCGGACGCACCGCGGAAGGUUCGUGACGCUCCGCUCCGAUGGCCGUGCAGUGACGCGCUCUGACACACGCGCGUCCUUCGCCGCGCAGCGCUGGAAUAAUCGCCGUUAGACCGUAUAAGCGAGUUAAUCACCGGUGGGCCGGUGAGGGUUUUGCGGAAGCAUUAAUGUUGUCGACAGUCACGCCUGAUCUGUCUCCAGAGAGCCUCCCGCUCGCGGCGCCUCGACCCCCAGCAGCCAGCGCCGGGCCCCGAGCGCACCGCAAGCCCAGCGAGGGCCACAGCGGCCAGCCGGCGCGCGGCAGCAUGGAGGUGGGCAUGCGCGUGGUGCGCGGCCUGGACUGGAAGUGGGGGAACCAGGACGAAGGAGAGGGCCACGUGGGCACGGUGGUGGAGAUCGGCCGGCAGGGCAGCACCACCACACCCGACAAAACCGUGGUGGUGCAGUGGGACAGCGGGACCCGUACCAACUACCGCACUGGAUACCAGAGCGCCUACGACCUGCUGCUGUACGACAACGCACAGAUCGGUGUCCGACAUUCAAACAUCAUCUGUGACAGCUGUAAGAAGCACGGCAUCAUGGGAAUGCGCUGGAAGUGUAAGGUGUGUUUCGACUAUGACCUGUGCACUCAGUGUUACAUGAACAACAAGCACGACCUGACGCACGCCUUCGAGCGCUACGAGACGGCUCAUUCACAUCCAGUGAGCCUGACGCCGAGACAGAACCUGUCCAGAAUCAUCCUGAAGGGAAUCUUCCAGGGUGUGAAGGUGGUCCGGGGGCCCGACUGGGACUGGGGCAACCAAGACGGAGGUGAGGGGAAGGUUGGGAAGGUGGUGGAUAUCCGUGGAUGGGAUCAGGAAUCGGGUCGUAGCGUGGCUAGUGUCACCUGGUCCAAUGGAACCACGAACGUGUACAGAAUGGGCCACAAGGGCAAGGUGGACCUGAAAUACGUGUCAGACGUGCAGGGAGGAUACUACUACAAAGAGCAUUUGCCCAAAUUAGGCGAGCACGCGGAGCUGCAGCGUCAGGAGAGCGCAGACAGUCACUCGUUCCAGCAGGGUGAUAAGGUCAAGUGUCUUCUGGAGGUGGAUAUCCUCAGACAGAUGCAGGAGGGUCACGGCGGCUGGAACCCAAAAAUGGCAGAGUACAUCUCGAGGAUCGGCACCGUGCACAGGAUAACAGACCGCGGCGAUGUGCGCGUCCAGUACAGUAACAACAUCCGCUGGACCUUCCACCCCGGAGCCCUGACCAAGGUGAACACGUUUGCCGUGGGUGAGCUGGUGAAGGUGCUGGAUGACAUUGACAGUGUGAAGAGACUCCAGGUGGGCCACGGAGAGUGGACAGACAGCAUGGCUCCAGCUCUGGGUCAGGUCGGGAAGGUCCUGAAGGUGUAUGCAGACGGUGACCUGCGUGUGGCGUUCGGAGGUCAGACAUGGACCUUUAACCCCGCGUGUCUCUCUGCGCAGCCUGGCGAGGUCGACGCUAAUCUGAUGACGGCUGAGAACUCUAGCGAAUCAGGAAGCACGGUCAUUUCAGUCCUGGAGAAGCUGCUCUCUCAGUCCACGGAGCAGGAUCAUCCAGGCCGGCUGGUUAUCGAGGCGGCGCACGGGAACGCCGUUAAAGUGCGUGAACUGGUGCAGAAAUACCCUGACAAGGUGGAUAUUAAGAACCAGGGGAAGACGGCUCUGCAGGUGGCUGCCCAUCAGGGGCACAUGGAGGUGGUGAAGGUUCUGCUUCAGGCCAACAGCAGCAUUGAGACUAAAGAUGAGGACGGAGACGCUGCGCUACACUACACAGCGUUCGGGAAUCAGGCAGAAAUCGCACGCUUGCUGCUCAGUAAAGGAGCCAGCGUGAACCUGCUGAAUAACUCCAUGUGUACGGCGCUGCACAUCGCUGUCAAUAAGGGCUUCACGGACGUGGUGAGAGUGUUGACGGAGCACUCGGCGGACGUCAACCUGCAGGACUCAUAUGGAGAUACACCCUUACAUGACGCCAUCGCCAAAGACUUCAGGAGCAUCAUUGAGAUUCUGACUGUGGUGCCCAACAUCGAUUUCACGCAGCAGAACAACCGCGGCUUCAACCUGCUGCACCACGCCGCUCUGAAGGGCAACAAACUAGCGACGGAGAUGAUCUUGGCUCGAGCGCGACAGCUGGCUGACGUUAAGAAAGAGGAUGGUUUCUCUGCUCUGCAUCUGGCCUCCUUGAACAACCACCGGGAUGUAGCUGAGAUCCUCCUCAAAGAGGGGCGCUGCGACAUCAACAUCCGCAACAACCGCAAUCAGACGCCGCUGCAGCUGGCCGUGACUCAGGGUCACGUGGCUCUGGUGGCCCUGCUGGUGACGGAGGGCGCGGACGUCAACGCAGAGGACGAGGAUGGAGACACGGCCAUGCACACGGCUCUCAGCCGCCAGCAGCUGGCCUCCGUCAUGAGCAGCGGCGAGGGUGAAGGAGCGCUGCUCUACGGCAGGUUGUGUAGCUCAGGGCUGAUGGGAAACACCGAGCUGAACGUAGGAGCCGCUAUCGCUUGCUUCUUGGCACAGGAAGGGGCCGAUAUCAGUUAUGCCAACCAUAAAGGUAAAAGCCCACUGGACCUGGUUACAGACAGCAGCGUGCAAACACUCAUCAGGAGCUUCGCAGAAAAACACAGGCUUCAAGCGGUCACGUGUGGCACGGGCACCAGCAGCAGCAGCCUCAGACGAGUACACACUACACCCAACACCAUGACCAACCUGGCCAUGCCCAGCGUGACGGGCCCCAGCGAGUGCCUCAUCUGCUCCGAGCUGGCCCUGCUGGUGCUGUUCUCUCCGUGUCAACACAGCGUCGCCUGCGAGGAAUGUGCUCACAGAAUGAAGAAAUGCAUCCGGUGCCAGGUCACGAUAACAAAGAAAAUUAGACAAGCAGACCAGACGGAGGUGGAGUGCAGCCCCAGCUCGGAGAACUCGGAGAAGCACAACCUGCUGGAGCAGCUGCAGUCACGCUACCGGCAGAUGGAGGAGCGCAUCACCUGCCCCAUCUGCAUCGACAACCACAUCAAGCUGGUGUUCCAGUGCGGCCAUGCCUCCUGCAUGGACUGCAGCGCCGCGCUCAAGACCUGCCCCAUCUGCCGGCAGACCAUCCGCGAGAGGAUCCAGCUCUUCGUCUGACCGCUCUCCCGUCUGUGCUUUGUACUCUGUCCUGUCCUGAGCCUCAUCAUUCAGCCAUGAAGCAGGACCGCGAGCGGCGGGCGGCCAACCAGUGACUGCGUUUCGGAUCGGUGAAGUCCUGAGUAGCAUGUGGACAUCUGCUCCGACGGCCGGCCAAACAUCCGCACCUACAGUAUUAGCGAGUGAAGAGGAGUUUGCGCACUUCGUGCCGCUGAAGAGCUAGAUUAUAGCGAACCGUAAAGCAUACCCAGCAUGCAACGUGAGCUGAAGCGUGCCACAUCAGCCCCGCGCAAAAAGCAUCUCACCAAACCCGUCGGGCCAUAUUUCACACUAAAACCCACAGCGAGAAAUCAUGUUGUGCGAGACAAAGCAGAUGCAUAAAAUGAUUAGAUUUGUGCAUCGCAGUAGUCCAGCGUUUGUUUUAAUCUAGCUCUCAUUUAGGCCAAUAGGAACACUGAACCGAGAUCGUUCAUUCCCGUUUCUUGUUUUUUUGUUCGUGUGGUUUUGGGGUGAAAUAUGACCUGGUUUGUUUCCACCAGAUCCCGCCGUAAAAGGCGAUCCAGGGCUUGCUGCUUCAAACACUAACUUCAUUCUAAGCCAAAUCUGAUGUACCGUCGGUCGCGUCCCAGCGUCCCCGAGAAUGCCGUUCGCGUUAUUUGCCGUCGUUUGUCUGAGGGUGACGCCGUACAGAUGCCUGUACCGUAACUCUCGCAGAGCUAGAACUUUCUGAAGCUUCCCACGAGCAAGAGAUAUACAUAAUGCAUGCUGGUGAGCAUAUUAUCUACGUCAUAUAUUGUGUCACGGAAACCAUUUGUAGUGUUAUAAGUGCAGACGACCUGUAAUUUCUACCCGUGUGUGAUAAUGGCUCCGUGUCUGUGCAAGGGUCCGACUGAAAGACCCUUAAUAGCGUAACAGUAGAUUAAUUUGUGGCAGCAAAGGUGCUGAAUGCUUCCUAAUACUAGGAGAUCUUUAGUUCAUCCUCAGGUUUAUGCAAGUCCGUUCAACUCAAAAUGCAAGAAACCUCCCUCUGUAAACUUUACUAAACGUGCAACCUUAUCCACUGGCAUUGCAUGACGAGUGUUUAUUAGUAAUGCUUUGCCUAAAUGUAUUCUGAGAUCGACGUCACUUGUUUUUAAAAGUAAUGAAUUGGGAACUCUUCAAGGUCGUAGGUGAUUGCGCCUAUAGAGCCUGUAGAAUUUACAAAAAUACUUACCCCCAUGUCACCCAAAACCCGUGUGUGUGUGUGUGUGUGUGUGUGUGUGUGUGUGUGUGUGUGGAACACGAAGUAGAAUUUAGGGAAGAGUCGGCAUAUACAGUAACUCUUUCCCGUACGCCAAUGUCUGUCCAUCUCCAAAAAAACAACAAAAAGAACCAUCUUCAAAAUUGUAUGGUGGUGGCGUAAGCAUUUAAAAAUGCUUGAUGAAAUGAAAUACUUGAUGCUGAAAAUAAUAAUAAUAACAGCAGGAGCCUGGAAAGUAAUUAAGAGAACCAUCAAUUUUGAGAGAACUGUUCUGUAACGAAGUUCACCUGCUAUCACGAUGUGAAACAUGUGUGGCUGUUGGGUGUAUUUUAUCAUUGUUAGUUGAAAUAAUAAUAAUAAUAAUAAUUUCAAUGUUCUCCAUAUCCGACGUGAACUGGGCCCGUGAGUGCUUCAGCAUCAGUUCAUGUUCCUCAUGAAGUGUCCCUCGAGUGUUUUUGUUCCAGAAGGGCUUUACUGUGUGCAUUCACCGACUUUCUUUACGUGUCGUUCCGUGAUGGGCUCUUUUUCUAGCUCCCUCUUUUGGGAAAGCCAACACAAAGCUGUCGAUCUGAAUGUCUCGCUGCACGCCAGCCGCUGCAGAGUUGUGCGGCCUGUGAGAAAUGCGAUGGCGGUAUUAGUGCCAAAAUUCGUCAGCGCUCGCGUGUGUGAGAGAGAGAAAACACACAUGCGUACAAGAGCGCCGUGUCCCUAUGAAGCCUUUGUAAUGUUUUGAUUUAGCUUAUGGCCCUCGUUACAGGGCUGGACGUUUUCUAAUUUGUUGAAACUGAACGUUUGUGUAGUUCUUUUGCUUUUCGGAUGAAGAGAACAGUGGUUUCAUGUGAAAGACGAGCUGUGGCUCGUUAGCAUAGAAGGACGUGUGUUGUCUAGUUUUAUUAGCUUAUCUGCUAACAGCUCACAAGACACUGCCCAUGAGUCAUCGGUUCUGCUCAACAUUACUCUUCGUUCACUGCACUUGCUGUUUUGUACAUCAUUCCUGUUUGUGUUAGUUAUUCUAAGUAUUCUGACGUUGAAAUAUGGUGUAUAUGGCAAAAAGUGCCAUAAAAGUACCAUCAAAACUGGCCCCUUUUUUCCAGUUUAACAUCAGAAACGGUGAUUUCGAGAGAGAUUCAGACUUCACUCCCAAUGUUUUUGCUGUUAUUUGAUGGUGUCGUUCACGUAGAACACGGACAAUCCAGAAUUCCUUCGCGUCAGUUCGUUUAGACGGUUUUAAUAAUAUUGUUUGUGCUGUACAUAAUCAUCAUUCAAAAGUAAAAAUAUAUGUGAGUUGUCAGCAGGUGAGGGCAAACACAUGGUAAUGAACUACGGAGAUGGUUUGCCGAGUUUUACUUCGACGAAAGUGUAUUUCAAAUUAUUUAAGCAAAAAAAAAAAAAGUUACAAAUUGUUUAUACAGUUCAUUAUGUGGAGUUCGGAUGUUGGCCUUACUGUCCAUUUCCUGUAUUUAUUGUUUUUGUCACUUUUUUUUUUUUUUUUUUUUUUUUUUUUUUUCAAGUUUUACUCUGUAAAAACUAUUUUGCAGUAAAUAUUGAACUGUUUUCUAAGCAUAUAUUUAUGGUUUCGUUUUUGGGUGCUGUAGUGGCAGGAUCUCUGGAUCUUACCAGUGAAUAAAACUGAAGGUGAAUGUUGUUUCAGUAUUGAUAUGAAAAGCGUCCCAGAAUUCAGCUCGGCGCGCUCACCUGGAGGCCUGCUUGAUGAACGCUGCUUCAGGUUUAUGUUUGACAGUGUCUUUAAACGCAUCAAGAUACACGGCCAUGUCAGUUUUUAAUCUGUUUACUAAUUCAUAACUAAUUAAUAAUAAAUACAUACCUGGAUGGCUAAAA